UAAAGCAGCCCCUUCCCAUCCAUCCACACAGCAGCUCACUUUAAUACACCGCACCACACUACCCACCCACCCCUACCCUCAUCCUUGCCCCCUUUUGUCAACUUGACAACACUACCAGAAACAGUUAGUAGAUGCAUUGUUGUCUCUCUCCAAAUCUAUCAAUUUUUUUUUUUAUGAAGUUUUCCUUUUGUUUAAUGCUCCAUGUUCUUUAGUUUUCCAAAUUCUGACAUCUUUUUUGUGCCACAGUAAAUCAAGCAUGUUGGUUUUAUGAAGGUUCAGUCACAAACACUACUGUACAUACCAUAAAUGUAAAAUGAAGAAUUAAAAAAAAAAAAAAAAAAAAAAAUGGACGGCCCAGAAUUUGUGUAAAUUCACAAGUAAAUGAAGUCACUACAUUGUCCAAUUUUUUCCUUAGGCACUGCUAAUGAACCAGCUUAUGAUAGAUUGAUGCCUCUCAAGUGCUUUGAGCCCUUGCUGAGCUCUCAUGGUCUUCCUUGUAUACAGCAUGUCCAGGAUGGAAAAAGUGCAUGCAUAUCUUUUAGGUCAAUAUCAUCGUUUUCCAAUAACUAACUACGCCGCCUUGUCUCAGCAUUGAGAAUGAAGUUAACCAGUCACGUAACACUUUUUCUUUUUCUUCUUUUAGUUUUUAUUUCAUUUUCUCGGUUUGAUCCUGGAUUAAUUUAGUAAGCACCCCUGCCCUUGUGAACUGCACCACCCUCGCCCUAGCUACUAUUAUACCCUGUACCUUCUUUAGUUUGAAUACCUUCUAUCAAAUGCUUUUGCUGUUGUAUUUGGAUGUGGUCUUGUAAGUCAUUGGUCUAAUGUUGGAAUAUUUUGAGUGUGGUGGCAGAUCAGCAUUUACAAGGUUUGGGUUAAAUUGUUCCCCAAGAGCCUUUGCAUCCCGGACUCUGUAUGGACAUUCCAUCGCUACAAUAGCUCAGGCACUUAUAAUUGUUGUUUGCCAGCUCCUGUAAAAUGUUUUUUCUUUUUUGUUUGUCCUUUUGUUUUCUCUUCUUUUUUUUUUAAGACAAAGUGCUGCCAUCCCAAUGUACUUCUGGUUCUGUCCAUUUCACUUUGGGUUCUCCAAUAGGACCAAUUUUUUGUUUCAUCCGAAGGGAUUAACAGAAUUGCUCCAAACUGUUGUUGUGAAGGAUGACUGCUAGCUUCAUCUGUUGCUGACUUUAUAACACUAAAUUUUCAACACUUCCAAGUACACUAUGUAACACCAAGCUCAUUUUUAUUAAACACUAUUACUGGCUUAACAGUUUGAAAUAAAAACCAAGUGUAUGAUAACUACCUGAGAAUUUCCCUCAUGAAUGUCUUGAAUAGAUGAAAUGGCAGUCGUAUUGUUAACAUGUCACUUCAAAAUUCUUAAACGUUUUUGACUUUUAAUCUUGUUAUUUUCAAGAAUCAAACCAUUUGGAAGUCAUUGCCUUGUAAACUACUUAAUUGCGAUGUAUCAAACUGUCAUAGCACGGUACAAAUGCUUCAUUAAAUAGACAAAAAAAAAUAUAUACUGAAGUAAACUGUGUACACUAACUUUUUCUGGGAUAUGGUGGUAUUAGUUGGAAAAAGACCACUAGUCGAAGUCAGUUGUAUUGUGGAAACUUGUUAAAUAAAGCUGUGUAUCCUGUGCCAUAAUGUAGAUCUGAUCUGUUGCUACUGUGAGAUGGAUUUUAACUGCUGCCUUGUGAGGAGUCAAUUCUUCAGUGGCACCUUUGGGAUAUUUGGCGUAAAUUCAAACUCCAGGGCUUGUGGAAAAUGUACAGAUUUAAAAAACAUCAAAUUAUGUCCAGUUAUCUCCCUCCUUUACGUCUGACCAGCUGAUAUUCAACUCAAUUUGCGUGAAAGGAAAGAAAAAAAAAAACAAAUGCCAUGAUUUAACCACCUUGUUUACAGACAGAUCAAAUAAACCUAUUCCAACCAGAAAUUUGAUUUUGUUCACUUGUUUGUCUUUAAGCGUCUUUUCAUAAAUAUGUAGUAAAAUUAAGUCAACCAUAGACCGUGCAUGGUAGGUAUCACAAAAGGGAUUUGCUGCUUGAUUAACAUUUUUGCUAAGAAAAUUUCUGUUCAAUAUGUGAACUGUUGAUAUUUAAAGUGAGCACUGAAAAGGAAAAAUAUUGUUUGACAUUGAUGAGCCUGAAGAGGUCGCUAUAAUCACUAAACGCAGGUCUUGUACACAACCUCAAAUGGCUUGGUUUAAUUUUAUUGCCAGAAUUAGGAACAUAUAAUUUGGACAUGCCAUCUAGGACUAGCAGUGUACAACCAGUAGAUUGCAAUUUUUAUCUAAGAAUGUGUGUAUGAGCCACUAAUAAAUAAAUAUAUAAAUUGGUGAUCCUAUAAUUGCAGGUACAUCUGGUGUCCAAAGAUAAGUUGACUGGUGUAAUUCCCCCCCCCCCCCCCCCCUGCUUUUUAAAAAAAAAUUUUUAUAUUUUUAAUUAUUUUAAUAACUUGUUACUCAUUGUCAAGGAUCACAAGAUGUUACAGGCCAUAAUAUAUUUUCUGUCUUGUAUAGCUGAAAAUCAUGGUUUCUUGUCCGAAUUAGUCAGUGUCGAGCCUGUUACCAUCAAACAUUGUUACCAGAAUGUAUGUAACAGAAUUGAUUGUCAUGUAUGUGAGAGAGAAUGUGUGUUUCCAUGUGUAGAACUGUCAAUUCUGUUACAUACUGUCAACACUGUUACUCUACCUUGGUAACGGAGUUUGACAGUAACAGAAUUGACACUGAAUAAUUCAGACAAGAAAUCAUGAGCAUUUCAGCUAUAUAAGAAAAAAAAAAUGUUUUUACACAUUUAUUUUAGUGUUUUUGCUUUUUCAAAGAACAAAGACAAUGAGGAAAAAAGAAUAGAUAAUUAUAAGAAUAAAGGAUAAAAACAACCUAUGACAAAACAACAGAACAUUUGAGGGACAAAUGCAUACAAAGCCAAAUUAUCCUUUGACUGGACAGGUAAUUCUUAAGCAGGAUACAAAUUCGUAAAUGUUGUCAUAGAUGCAAACUCCUCACCUUUCAGUGAGAACUCACCUUUUUGAGAUCAAAAUAGGUCACCUAUGGGAUUUGCAUAGAUCCAAUGAGAAAGUGUAGUACUGUACAGUGUUUCCUUCACUCUUUACUUUAAAAACUAUGUCUAUAAUGGGUAAUAUUUUAUGUAUUUGAAGUCUGAGAUGUGGCAAACAGUACAGCCAACAUUGUCUUAAAUAUCCUGCAUAGCACUGUCAUUUAUAACAUUAGAUUUUAACCAAAUGUUGAUUUUGGUAAAAUGUUGCAACGAUAUGUUCAUUUUUGUCAUGAAAAAUUACAGUUUUGGACAUAUAGGAUAAUAAAAAUAAAUCAAAAAAUACCUUAAAGUAACUACAAAUGAGCAUGUAAAUCAAAUAACUUUUUAAAAAAUUCUGUGUGACGAUGCCCCCACCUCCUGCAAUGUUCUCACCUUUUUUCCCCCUUACCUGUUUGCAUCCCUGUUAUGUACAGUCACUUAAUCCUAUGAAUGUAUAUUAAAAUAAAAUACCUACUACUUAUGACUCAUAAGAAUGACUGGUAACAAUGAUUGUGUACAAUACAAAAAGAGAUAAAGUGCAUUAUCCUGACUAUUGUCAGAUGUCUAAUAACUUUAGGCACAACAUUAAAUGCAUUAUCAAUAAAUAGAGAGAGAUUACACUCCAUUACUAAUAACUUUGGCAUUAACAGGGGUCAUUUCUAUAAGUGCACUACAUCAAUUAUCUUAAGAUGUUCUAAAAUUUGUCCCCAAAUUUUAUCAAAUAUCUCAGAUUUAUCAUUGAUAAUGUAUCUCAGUCUCUCAAAUGCAAGCAUGUUUACAAGAUCUCUACCCCACAUUUCAAACUUAGGCACAGAAUCAGUUUACAACAUUCGUAAAAUCAGCCUCUUGGUAAUUAUGUAACAUAUUGUGAUUUUUGACAGUGAGUAACAAAUUAUUAAAAUAAUUAAAAAUAUAACUAUAACAAAUAAUUUGGAAAAAGCAGAAAUAAAUGACUUUGGACACCACACACAUACAUGGGUACGUAAGGGUACGUUUACACAACAACGAUGUAGGCCUAGUAAAAGCAGAAAAGUGACCUUGCCAACUACUGGCCUGGCAUGCAUAAUACAGCGUUUUUUUUGUUUGUUUGUUUUUUGUGGUUUUCGAUGAUCCGUGUGAACGGGGAUUGUUUUGACAAGGUUCUUCGUCUGUACGCGAAAAACGUUAACGUUUUUAGUAAGCUAGGCUACAUCGUUGACGUGUAACGUACAAACUCAUCCACACGUCCCUAAGGCUACCUAACAGGUGUCUCUGAUUUGAUAGACGUGUACUAAUUGUAGACAUAAGAUCUUAUAUAUUUCAGGUGCUUGAAAUAAGCCGGGUUUUUGCGACACACUACAGUGGUGUGGUGCGUAUGCAAACCUGUCUUGUCGAAUGGCGUUUACAGAGAAACAGAUCCUAACGUGUUUUCUUUUUAUUUGGCUUCUCUUUAUUAAAGUUAGUGGUUUUGUGGUAUUUAACGAUGGGGAAAAACUUAAUUCAGUGGGCCCUUUUAACAAGAAUGCACGGACAUUUGAUCGAGGGAACGAGAAGCCGAAAUCUGGAGAACAGGUUGGGCGCCUUCUCAUUUGGCAAGACCAAGCUUCAAAUUCUCAUGGUGAUGGUAGUGACCGUUUUUCUUCGGACCUCGGUUCUCAAAGUCGACCCGAUGAGAACGAAUACCAAUCAGAUGAUUCAGGCUGGAUGAAGUUGCAACCUCUUUGGGGACAGGUUUAUGGUCUGAACACCCUGUAUACUCCAACAGUAGAAAGGCUACUUGAAAUGAAACCCAAAGUAGAUUGUGUUGGAGAUUUGAUGAAACUGACAGUUCACGGACGAGAGGCUCUUUUUGGGUCCAGCUUUCUUAUUGAUCGAGGAAGCAUUCCACCACUUCCGUUGUCACGGUUGCCCUCAGAUUGUGGCCAUAGAUUUCUGAGAACAUGGAGGGACUUUGUUUUCAUUAUACCAUAUGAUGGAUGUUACGUAUCACAAGAGAGAGACACUUUUAUUCUUCCCUUACUUUGGUGGGGAUUGCCUGUGAAAAUGUCUUGUUCCUCACUAACCUCGGCACAGAGGGCUCCAACUGUCUCCUGCUACACUAAUGGCAUGAUUGUGAGGCUGCAUAGAGAAGUCUCUGAGAACCUGAAGAUCAAAGUAAUGAAUGAGUGGCAGCCUCUACUGAAAGUGUCAGCUAGAUGUGGAUACAGCUUGGUGUCACAUGCAGAAAGUGUGGUCAUCCAUGCCCCGUAUAUGCCAUGCACUGAGCCAAAGGAUGGGAUGUUCACUCUCAGCAUGGCAGCGGAGAGCGAGUUUAAUCUGUCCUGCCCAGCAUUGUCACUUAAUCUUCCUAUUAGCGUGCCUGAUCUAGCACCUAAAAAUUAUACACCUACUUCUAUGCCCCAUGCGCUUGUUUCAUCAACACUCCCUCCCUCCACAAGUUCAACAAUUCAGAAGUUGCCUACUCCUCCCCUUCCUUAUUACAUCCCUGGCCAGCCAAUUUUUAAACCCGUUCCUCCUAGUUACUCUCCAAACGUGCCACCAACGGUUGUUCCUCAAGGUCCCAAAAUUGUGGGUCCUCCAACUGCUAUUACCCAGAAGCCACAAGCACCUGUUUACGUAAAACGUCCUCAUACUUGGUACCCUUGGUACCCUAAGCCCAGCUUGGGUCUCACCCCUGUCCCCAGUCAAAGUACAGCUUUGCCAUUUCCAAGAAAACCUUUGUUGCCUCCUACCAAGGCUCCUAAAACCCCUACCAUGCCUACUAUGCCCGUUGUCCCUCCUGUGCAAUGGGCACCUAUGUUUCCACCCAGAAAUUUGGUGUAUCCUUUAUAUCCUGGAAAACCUGGAUUUGUUGCUCCCUCCUCAGCAGUCUUUCCACAAGACCCCUACUGGCCCUAUUCCCAAACCCAAACCACAGGACCCUCUAAACCACAUGCUCCACCAAAACCAGAGUCUGCACCACCUACACCUGCCCCUACAAGAAAGGCAGGACCACAGCGCUUCCACUAUCCAUGGUACAAACCCUUCCCACCACGUUAUUCAGCAAUGCCGCUUGUUCCUACAAAAGUCCCCCAGAUUAAUACAGUUCCCACCUCUGGGGCGGCUGUUUCCAAUUCAACCACACAGCAAUCAGUUGUUAAGGGUCCUCCAAUGAGCUUACUCUUUGAUUUUACCCCUAGCACUGAUCCUACCCCUUCACUCUCCAAAUUUCCUGAAGUUGUUAAUACCCCUGCCCCCAUAAAGGCUUGCCUAACUCCAAAUUGUUUGUUCCAUGCACAUUCUUUUCACUGUCCAACUUUCUGCCCUGCCCCACCUUCAAUAUCCUACCACCAGCACAACCAUCACUAUUUUGGUCCUCCUCUUCCAAUGUCUAAUCUUGACAUUUCUAUUCUGACUAAAAUUAGAGGCCAAAUGUUGUCAUCUCCUGUUAUAUCUGCAGGUUCACCCCCAUUUCCCCUUGUUCAGGGCUUGAGUUAUAAUUAUGGCCCGCUUUCUUCACAAGGUGCAACUGUACGACUAGCUUCAGAUAGUACAGCAAUGCAAUAUUUGGCAGAGAAUCCCAUCAUUAAGGGUACCAAUGCCCCUGAUACUUCAAAGCUUUUGACAGGACCUACUAUGUGUCCUUCCAUUUUUAGGAAGUUGGAGUCAACUACUGCCUCUACACAGUCUACAAUGAAACCUGCAAAUGUUUCUCCUGUUAUAAAUCCUUUGGGGCCCUCUAAUGGACCAGUUGUUGAACCUCGUGUCUAUUCAAACCAAAGCCCAAAACCUGCAGUUUACCAGGCUGAGAUGGGACAGAAUGUUCCCCCAUGGGGACAGAAUGUUCCCCCGUGGGGACAUCACGCACAGCCAAUGCUAGUUGCUCCAAAUAAUUUUCCCUUUUUUGAGAAAAUGUUCCAUGACAUUUCUUCAAAACCUACAUUGCCUCCAGCUCAUGACAAAAAAGGAAAUAUGAAUUACUGGUAUCAAGCUACUUAUUCAAAUGCUAAUCCCCCUAUAUCUGACUCUCCCACAAAAGACUCUUUCAGUCAGUUGUCAUUACCUCAGCCAUCCAAUAAUCACAGUUCAUUUGAGCCCUUAACCACACCACUUCAACCAGAGCAAAUUAGUGGUGAAAACCUUUCAGUAAUGAACCCUAGGUUGUAUAACCCUCAAAGUGGAGAAUCUGUGCUUCCUGUUUUUAGGGGCACAUAUUGGGUUCCUGCUGUUCAAUCUAACCAGGAUGCAUUGCUCUCCAGCUAUCACCGAGAUGGUCAUAGGAGGCAUCCAUCCACAGUAGAACAAGGAAUGCAGAGAGCUGGAAACUAUGCUAACUAAUAAUAAAACUGUUUAAGUGACCGACAAAA